AUGGACCAGAUGAGACAAGAGCUGGUGGUCAAAUACUUCAUCCAGCCCUUCCUGACCAAAAACUCCUCAGACUCUGGCUGUGUGUCCAACUCUAACAGCAGUGUGGCCUGGCUGCAGAAGAACCUGGGGCGGUUUUCAGUCCUGGUGUCCCUCAGCGACCUGUUGAAACUCAACACAGACUUCUCUCCUUUGUCAGCCCUGGAGGUUCUCUCUCCAAAACAGACAGCAGAGCUGGUGGUGUUGCCUCUUCCUGGUCUUCCAGGGAAAGAUGUCAUCAUCAACACAGUGUUUGACUUCCUGUCUAAGUCACCAAAGGAGAGGAGACUCCCUGAGUUCCUGUACCACCUUUCCAGGCUGUCUGUGGUGACUCCAGUCGGCUGCACGGUGUACCAGACCAUUUUUGUGAGGCUGUACCAAGCCAUGUCAGCGUUGCCUCAAGAGAUGGAGCCAAUUGUCUGGGCCAAUGUUUAUGACCUCACAGAAUCUGCACCAAUGGAUUGUUCUCUGUGUCCAGUGUCAUCGCACAAUGCAACAAGAGUCUGUGCCGGAGUUGACAGCUCUGCUCUACAACAGCUCUCUGACUCUGGGAUCUCGCCGGGACGUCUAUGUGACUACAGCAUCAAACAAUACGCCUGCUCACAGUUGAAAGACCUCACAGCUGAGAACCUGGUCACACUGCUGAAAUGUAAACUAUCAGAGAACAACACAGACUCCAAAGAGACCUGGAAGCUGUUCUUCACUAAAGCUUCUGCAGUUCUGGAUCAGGCUCUUGUACUUCUCUCCAACCAGUCUGAGCCUGUGAUUGGCCCAGCACUAUCCCAGGUGCUGGAUGUGAUUGGAGAGAUCAGGGUCAACAGACUGACUGAGGAUCAGCUGAGAGACAGUGAUGUCAUCAGGAAGUUGUUCUCUGGGCGUCUGAGAGUGUUUCUGCCGUCUGCAUCAGGAGGGUUUCUGCACUGCCUCAGCACCAAGAACCUCAGCUGUGACUCUUACCAAGCUGUGGUGAAGGAGUUUGGAGCCCAGUUUGAUCACAUGAACCUGGAGCAGCAGCAGCUGGUUCUGAAGGAGCUGGUCGUCCCCUUCCUGUCUCGACCCACAUCAGACUCUGGCUGUGUGUCCAACUCUAACAGCAGUGCGGCCUGGCUGCAGAAGAACCUGGGGUGGUUUUCAGUCCUGGUGUCCCUCAGCGACCUGUUGAAACUCAACACAGACUUCUCUCCAUUGUCAGCCCUGGAGGUUCUCUCUCCAAAGCAGACCGCAGAGCUGGUGGUGUUGCCACUUCCUGGUCUUCCAGGGAAAGAGGUCAUCAUCAACACAGUGUUUGACUACCUGACUGAGUCACCAAAGGAGAGGAGAUUCCCUGAGUUCCUACAACAACUUGUCAGCCUGACCAAACAGGAAAAUAUCCCUUGUGCCUCCUACAAGAUCAUUUUCGCCAGACUGGACCAGGCCGUACCCACUGUUACCAUGGAGAUAGAGUCCGCCCUCACCUCCAGCAAGACGGCUUUACUACAGACCGUCCCAUCAGGUUGCAUUGUAUACAGUGGAGAGUGCAAUGUCACCCCAGUUAAUGAGACAAAAGUUUGUGCGGGUGUCAACAGCACUGCUCUACAGGGUCGCCUUGACAACGGGCAGAUCAGCAGAGUCCUCUGUGAUUUCGGCGUCGAUGUUUACGCUUGUGGCUCGCUGUCUAUGUUGACAUCGGAAAACUUGGUGAGCCUGUUGAAGUGUAAGCUGUCUGGUAACACCAGCCACUCAGCACAGAUCUGGAAACUGUUCUUCUCUAAGGUCUCAGUGGUCCUGAACUCAGCCCUGGAUCUCUUCUCCAACACCACACUAGACCCCAGCUCUCCAGCAGUGUCCCAGGCCCUGGAUGCUAUAAGAGAGGUCAGGUUGGACAGCUUCAGCCUGGCUAGUCUCAGAGAUCAGAAAAUCAUCAACCUCUGGUUCAACACCAGACUGCGUCCCUUCCUACCUGCCGUCUCCACUGACUUCCUGUCCUGCCUCGGCACCAAGAACUUCAGCUGCUCCACCUACCAGACCACAGUUCAGAUCCUGAGCAGCCACCACUCAGCCAUGGACCAGUCCAGACAGAUAUCAGUCUAUACUACCUUCAUAGAGGUCUUUCUUUCCAGGAACAACACAGCAGACCCCAGCUGUAGCUCUGACACCCUGAACAGUGGAGACUGGCUGCUGAAGAACUUCAGAGGAUUCUCUGCCUUCGCCUCCUUCAAGGACAUGCAGAGACUACUGGCCACCUUCUCUGUGACGGAGGCCCUGCCCCAGCUCACAGUGAGACAGUUGGCAGAGGUGUCCUCUAGUCCAGACCAGCUCAACUCUGCUGCAGACGUCACCAUGCUGAUGAACUACGUACCCAACAUCCUCUUCACUGACUUCUUCACCGACUUCUCUCUGGCCAUCACCGGUCAAGAGUCUAAGUUCCCGGUGGCGGUGCGAUCAGCCAUGCUCCAGCAGGUGUUUGAACGCGGGAACCUAUCAGACCGCUCUGUUAGCGACCAGGAAGUACUCACAUGGCUUCAGAGCAGGCUCCGCCCACUGCUGAUCAACCUGUCCCCGCUCCACGUCGCCCCCCUCUUCAGUGUGGUCGCACAGAGGAACUGCAACAUUGGACAGCAGCUGGUGGAGGUGCUGAACGCCACCCUCCCUACACUUCAGGACAACACACAGAGAAACGUCUACGAACAAAUCACCCUCUCCCUCCAAGGCUCUUCCCCACUCCGUUGCUAUGGCACAAACUACAACCACAGUUUCUAUGGUUACCUGGAGAGUUCCUUCCUGGGUUUCGGCUUCCCCAACUUGACCACCUUCCUCUCCCUCAUACCCCAUAGCCAGAUGGAACAGCUGGUGAACUCUCUGUCUGUCUCUGACCUGGGUCGUUUCCUGCGCCGCCCCAACGUUGUCGACGACGACACAAAACUCUGCCAGCUCUACAGCAACUACGCCAAGACCCCAUUGUUCCUGGGGACUGAGAGUAUCCCUGAGUCAGUGAGGCGUCCCACACUGCUGUGUGUCUGGCCCCAGGCUCUCAGCAGCAGUCAGAGGUCAGAGGUCAACGCCUGGUUUGACCUGAGGCUGAAGAACUACCUGCCCUUCCUCACCAGGAGCCUGGUGACCUCCGCCGCUGUCCAGACCGCCCCUUGUCUGGCCUUCCAGAAACUCGUCUCAAUUCUGGGGAGUUACAACUACAGCGCUGCAGACUUUGUGGAGAGAGAUGUGUACAGGGAGACCAUCAGGACGUAUCUCACCUCAGCGUCGGCUCCUAAGUGUUACAACGCCAGUGAUCCAGAGCUCAACUCAACGGCCUGGUUUGCUGAGAACAUCGGACUCUUCAUCACUUAUCUCACCUUGGAAGACCUCAACACCUUCGGAUCAGCGCAGGUGUUGCAGGUGUUCACAGUGAACCUGGUGAACAUAGGUCUACUGAACUCCACUAGCCUGCCCCAGAACCUCACUGACUACUACACAUCACUGGUCUACCUACAGGACAGCAACUUCAACCCUCUGUUCCUUCCUCUGUUGUUUCGAUGUGUGGCCCCAGGACCAGCCUUCAGACAGCUGGACGCUGAGCAGAGCAUGAUCCUUCUACACAACCUGACUACACUGUGUAGAGACCUAGACCCACAGGUGUCUGCAGCUCUAGCAGCUAACAUGGGAGACAACAUAAACAGCAACACCAUCGCUGCCCUCGGCAGAGAAAGUACAGGUCUAUCUGAGGGUCAGAUCACCAUGGCACCCGCCAGCGUUCUGUGGGCUUCCUUCAGCAUUCUGAGCACUGUGAUUGGCUGGAACCAGGGCCAGGCCAUGGCCAUCAUCCAAUCACUGAUGUUGUCAGGAGCCUUGAAGAUCAACAGCGCAUCCACCUUGACAGCGCUGGGUUCCCUGGUGACCGGUGUUCCCUCGGCAACCUUAGGCAGCAUCAGCGGCACGGAACUCCUCUACGCGUCCCAGGAUGCCACAUUCAUAACAUACAUGCAGACCGCCCCGACGAUCUUAAUCCAGACUUUCGUCACUCAGUUGAUCACAGUGAACCCUAACCCAGACAGUAUUCUCCAGAACGUCCCAGACAGCAUGUCUACUGAGAUCCCCAGGUCCCUGCUGCAGGGCUUCUCUCAGAGCAGUGUGGUGGUGGAGAAACUGAACCAGAAGACAUGGAGACACGAACAGGCUGUGUUGUUCUUUGACACAGUGGCUCUAGGAAUUGACAACUCCGACAAUAUGUCAUCCAGCGUGCUCCAGGGCUUCACCUGCACCAGAGUGGCCAGUAUGACCACAACCAAGAUCAAGAAACUGGUCAAGGCCUGCAGGAGGAAGGGCAAGAACAGGGUCGCACUGAGAGAGACUCAGUUGACCUGCAUGUACAACUACAUCAAGGAAGAGUCAAAUGUCACCAGCUACAACCUGUACCCUCCUGACAUGCUGCUUUACUACGACUACAGUAAGGUACCUCGGGACACCUGUAAGGACUACUUCAGUGAGCUGGGAGACGCAGACUUCCUCGUGUUCUCCGACGCGCUCAGCUUCAAACGCACAGCCCUGGUUAACAAUGUCAAGACCUGCCUGGGUAUCAGCGGCACGGUUCUGAGCAGUGACAACCUGCAGGUCCUAGGUAACAUGGUGUGUGUUCUGGACGGUUCCUACAUCCAGAACUCUGACCAGCUCAUCCUGCAGAAAUUACAAAACUGUAAUGACCUCACCGACGAACAGGUGGCUGCCAUAGAAACGCUGUUGAUGUCUGGGAAAACACAGUACGGACUCCCAGCUACCUGGAACAGAGAGACCCUGGACAACCUGGGUGUUCUGCCUCUCUACCUGACAUCCUCCUUCUACAAGAACUUCUCUAAGAAUGUAAAGGGCCAGUUCCUACAGUCAUUCCUGAAGGUGCUGAGGAAGAAUGGAACGUCCAGACAGAAGAAGAGGAGGAUGAAGACGGCUAUCAGACAGUCCAUCAUCGACCAAUCACAGUCCAAACGCUCCAUAGUGAGUGAAUGCACAGUGGGAAAUAUCACUCAGGCCUACUCCGCAAACUCCACCAUCCCAGAAGCGAAGGUGCAGGUUCUUGGGCCGGCUUCGCGCGUUGCCACUAACGCUGACAUCACCAUGUGGAACAUCACCAAGAUCGACACACUGUCAGCUCUGAUGGACUCCUCCAAUGGAAACUGGGAUGCUGUUAUGGCGCAGGCCAUCAUCAGUAAGUACCUGAGUAACUCAGGAAAUACUCUGGGCAGUGCCGAGCUCAACUCCAUCGGAGGACCCAACCUGUGUUCACUAGACAUCAGCCUCCUGAAGACCAUUACACAGAGUAGCCUGAGUAAGGCCAAUGCCCUGACGGUGACCAACUGCAACAUAAUGAAGAAGAGAACGCUGUUCGUCAUCGCUGAAGGGGCCUUCCAGAGCCGUAGCACUGUCUCUGCUACCUCCUACCAGCUAACACAGCCAUACAUAGGUGGUGCUGACUCAGCCUACGUCCAGCGUCUGUCCACCUCUAACAUCAGUAUGGACAUGGACACUUUCAUCAGCCUGGACCCUACUGUUAUACAGACUCUGGGUGUGAGCCAGGUCAAAGGUCUGCUGGGUUCUAACCUGCCAGAGCUGAAGAGCUAUGAGAACCAGAGCGCGGUCCGGACCUGGAUCAGCACCCGUUUCCAGGCCGACCUGGACUAUCUGGGGCUGGGUCUGAAGGGAGGCAAGGCUGACCCCACCACGGUUGGCGUGGGAACCAUCAUACUUCCUACCAGUGCAGGGGUAACUGGAGGAGCUGGGCCAGUCAACACCGUGGCUGGAGGAGCUGCUGCUACUACUACAGCGAGCGGCGGAGCGAUCAACAGACCAAUGUUCGGCCUCCACCUUCUCCUCACCACUCUGGCCGUCGCUGUCCUGUACAUUCUACACUGAUUUAAACACUGAUUUCAGAGAUUUUAUAUUUCAGAGUGAGAGAGUUAACUGACUCCAUAGCAUCAAGUCGCAUUCGGCUCAGACAGGGAAAAACAUAAUGUAAAGUUCUCAAACAGGAAACAAAAAUGUAUACGUUUAGAGUCAGGUAGUGCCUUUAGAUAUUGUAAAUAUCACUGAAUACAAGGAUAUACUGGACCUAUCAAAAGACUAUAAAACCAUCUUUAGUCACAUCAAUGUUUCUGCUCUGACAAGUUCUGCAUUUUAUUUAAGUGUCACUUUGUAUGUUGUUCUGUCUUGGUUGGUUGGAAUGAAGUCUGUUCUGUCUUGGUGGUUGGAAUGAAGUCUGUUCUGUCUUGGUGGUUGGAAUGAAGUCUGUUCUGUCUUGGUGGUUGGAAUGAAGUCUGUUCUGUCUUGGUGGUUGGAAUGAAGUCUGUUCUGGCCUGGUGGUUGGAAUGAAGUCUGUUCUGUCUUGGUGGUUGGAAUGAAGUCUGUUCUGUCUUGGUGGUUGGAAUGAAGUCUGUUCUGUCUUGGUGGUUGGAAUGAAGUCUGUU